CACCUUUCCUUGUAAAUCAUGCAAAACCAAAGUUUUAUAACUGAGUUCAUCUUUGCGGGACUUUCACAGGAUCCUACUGUUCAGAAGAUAAUAUUUGUUGUGUUUUUAUUGGUCUACAUUGCAACUAUUGUGGGCAACAUUCUGAUUGUAGUGACAAUCCUCUGCAGCCCAGCACUGCUGGGAUCCCCCAUGUAUUUCUUUCUGGCAUUCCUGUCCUUACAAGAUGCAGGUUUCUCCUCAGCCAUCACACCAAAAAUGAUUGCGGACUCCCUGUACAAGCAGAAAACCAUCUCUUAUAAAGGAUGCAUGAUUCAACUUUUUGCUGGACACUUCUUUGGUGGGGCAGAGAUGAUUAUCCUCACAGCCAUGGCCUAUGACCGCUAUGUGGCCAUUUGCAAGCCCUUGCACUACACUUCCAUCAUGAACUGGAGGCUCUGUGGCAUUCUGGUGGGGGUGUCCUGGUUAGGGGGAUUUCUGCAUUCCAUCAUACAAAUUUUCUUUACUUUCCAGCUUCCCUUUUGUGGGCCUAAUGUCAUUGACCAUUUCAUGUGUAACUUGUACCCAUUACUGAAGCUUGCAUGCACUGACACUCGCAUCUUUGACCUUUUGGUGAUCACCAACAGUGGAUUAAUCUGCAUCAUCAACUUCUCCCUGUUGCUUGUGUCCUAUGGUGUCAUCUUGUUCUCCCUGAGAAGACAUAGUGCUGAAGGGCGGAGGAAAGCUCUGUCCACCUGUGGAUCUCAUAUUACUGUUGUGGUUUUGUUAUUUGUCCCGUGCAUAUUCAUAUAUGCACGGCCUUCAUCUUCCUUUCCCUUUGACAAAGAAGUAGAAAUAGUUUACACCAUCCUAACUCCCUUGCUCAAUCCUUUGGUUUAUACUUUGAGAAAUAAGGAAGUGAAAAAUGCUAUAAGGAAAGUAAGUGAAAAACUGAAAUCAAUAUUUUGA